CAGAGAAGAAGAAGUUACGGAAGUACGGCUUCCAAACAGAUUCCCGUUGGAAGAGUAAAAUACAGUAGAUCGCCUUUUUUCCCCCCCAAUUAAAUCAAAUUAAAUCUUGGACUAACCAUUUCUCAAUAAGACGAUGGGCACUAGAGAUGACGAAUAUGAUUAUUUGUUCAAAGUGGUCCUCAUAGGUGACUCGGGUGUGGGGAAGAGUAACCUGCUGUCCCGUUUCACCCGCAAUGAGUUCAACCUGGAGAGUAAGAGCACCAUCGGAGUGGAGUUUGCCACGCGCAGCAUCCAGGUGGACGGCAAGACGGUGAAGGCCCAGAUCUGGGAUACAGCUGGCCAGGAGCGCUACCGGGCCAUCACAUCAGCGUACUACCGCGGGGCGGUGGGGGCUCUCCUGGUCUACGACAUUGCCAAGCAUCUAACUUAUGAGAACGUGGAGCGCUGGCUGAAGGAGCUGAGAGAUCACGCCGACAGCAACAUCGUCAUCAUGCUGGUGGGCAACAAGAGCGACCUGCGUCACCUCCGAGCUGUUCCCACCGACGAGGCGCGGGCUUUUGCUGAGAAGAAUGGUUUAUCUUUCCUGGAGACAUCGGCUCUGGACUCCACCAACGUUGAGACGGCCUUCCAGACCAUUCUGACAGAGAUCUACCGUAUCGUCUCCCAGAAGCAGAUGUCGGAGCGUCAGGAGAGUGACAUGUCCCCCAGCAACAACGUGGUCAACAUCCAGGUGCAGCCCACUGAGAACAAACCAAAGAUGCAGUGCUGUCAGAACAUCUAGCCCAGCCACGGAUCUGCUGCUACACCUCCCUCCUCCCUCCCUCCCUCCCCCGCCUGCCCUCCCCUCCCUCCCCUCACAACUCCUCCAAGCCCCCGCCCCCUCAGAAAAUAGACUGCCUCAGUGUACUGUGUGGUGCGGGAGGGUUCACAGCUUCGAGGCUGUGACCCGAACCCUGCAACCUAUCUGUACCUGCCUCCCCCACCCAAACUCCUCCUCCUCCUCUCCCCCACCCCCAACCCCAGGUAAAUAUCCCCCAGUGUAAGAAGUCACCGCGUUGGGGUGACCCCCCCCCCAAGCAGAGCCCCUCUGUCGCUAGGCGACGGCAGGACAGCAGGCAGCAGGCAUUUCAUAUCACAUUUAGAUUUCAUUACUGUAGAUGCGCUGACAUGUCACAGAAAUGUCUUAAUAUAUGAAUGUGAUUUGAUUUCUUCAUACUUUUGUGCUCCUGUUGAUUUCUCCACAUUUUUUUCCCCAUGAUCUUUCUCUGUCUUGUAUCAUAUCUAUAACUAGGUAUAAAUAAAUUUAAAGCACAUCAAAGUUGCUCUGAAGUGUAUUCCCAUAUACAAGCUUCUCCCCCCCCUCCUCUUUAGUGCAAUGUACUGUUUUUAUUUUUUGGAAAACCAUGUGGAUGUAUCGAGCACAGUGUAGCCACGUGUGCUCCGGUAGUGUCAUAACCAUUUGAUCUGAUUGCUGUGAAUAUGAUGCUAUUGAAAAUAAAUUUUUUGCAUUAGCCGAGCUUCAGUUUUAGCGCAGUGGGAGACAGAGCGAGCGUGAGCUUGCAUGCGGCGCGUUGUCGCCACCGCGUUUACGGCGGGCGGCGAGCGGGUCGGACCAGCUUCGCAUUGUCUUUCAAAGAUGGCGCUCUGCUGCGCUGCACGUUUUUAAUCAGGCGAAAGACUCCAUCUGGACUCGUUUGUGUGGAACACUAUCAUUGCCCGCCCGGAGGGUGUGGAAAUUUGGGCUGUCGCCGUGGAAGCUGAACACGACUCCUGCACGUUCUGAGUUUCAUGUUGUCCUACUUUUAAGUCUCGGCGCGGCUUCAUACGGAGAUCGUCACGCUCACCCUGAAGGAAGACCCGUUAGUCCGUCGGGCUUUCCUGCUCCGUUAGGACAAACCGAAUGCAUUCAUUUUUGACUCCAACUAUGCAGAAACUAGCACACAGCUGUUUGGAUGUUUUCUUUCUUAGUGCACUUCUAUAGCAAAUGAAGGAAUAAAAAAAAAAUAACUGCAGAAAUAUGAGUAACUGAUGUAGUAUUCUCGUAUUCUUAUGAUACUCAACAAUAUAAUCAAAAAAAUCUCCUGCUUUGCAUGUAACCACGGAACUGUAGCUAGGACGCACCUGAGAAAGGUCCUUCACCCUCGGGGGGUUGAUUUCAUGAGCGUGAAGUUGUCACCAAUCUUGCACUGAACCUUAAAUCGUUAAACAUCAUUUCUUGUCUAGGAUUAGAUUUUUACUGCACAUGGAGAAUCUGGACCUCGUUUUUCUUCCUUUUUGUCGGAUGUACCGCGUUUUUUUUAAAGACGCUGCCACUUUUACGCAAACCAAAAUAUUAUGUUCAGCCACUGUAAAGUCUCAAAAGUCUUUCCUCGAGUCCUUGUUAACGGACUGAAAAGGUUUGACGAAGGACACGACGAGGAAUCGAGGAAACACUUUUCGGGGAGUUGAGCUCCAUUCUUGCCAACGUCUGAUCACAGUGCCUCCUUCACCCGUCUCGUUCACCUGCUAACAACUCGCCUUCAUACCACCUCCUCCUCAACCAAUACCGUUGCUCCGUCUGUCCCUGAAGGGGGACAGGCAACCGUGUUGCCCCCCCGUCACAUUAAGCCUACGUACACCGAGCUGCCUCUGACUUCAACACAAUGCAUGGCUUUCUGUUACGACUGCAACUCCGUGUCGUAUCGCCUUAUGUAGCUAACAUUGUCAUUUAACCGUGCGCGAGAUCUGCUGAGGGUCAGGCUUGGCUAGCGGAGACGACGUGCUAACGCGCUAAGUGUUGCGUCCGGCGUGUGAGCGGACAGAUGCCUCGCUAAACCACCUACUUUACUAGAAACUCCCCGAGUGUGUGUUCUGUUGAAUUUCCAGGUUAUAGCCGGGUCAGUGUAUGGUGGUGUUAGCAGACGUAUACAAUGCCUGAACUUGGUGUGUGUGUAUGUGUGUGUUUUAGAGGCAGAGGGUAGAUGGGCAGCUCUGGAGUGUGUGUGUGAGCCUGGCUGGCAGCGCCAAUGGCGUUUCUUGGGAACAGACGGCGCCGCCAGCCGGGCCUCGCCAGACUCACUUAGCUGGCAAUCUGUGGACAAAGUGAUUUUCUUUCUUCCGAAAAUAUGAUUUUCGAAUCCUGUUUCAUGUACCUCCAUUGUUCUGUGUUUUGUUUUUUUAAAGAAUUGUGAUUUUCUUCUCUUUUUUUAUUUUUACUAUAUUGAAUUCUAUAACUGACUGUAAUUCCAGUGUAAACGUGUUAAAGAGUGAAAUGUCAUUUCAAUGGAUUUGAAUAGGUUGAAUGUGAGAGGGGGGUCAAAAUGAAUGGUUUUAUGUUUUGUACAGAUUGAUAAAUUGUACAAUUGUGUCUAUAUCUUAAGUUAUCAGUUCAUCUUAAUAAAGCGCACCAGUCAUAAACCUUUA